GCAAUGUUCUGGGCUGCGAACGAGGGUAGAUCUGCACCUGCCAGAAAGGGAAGAGCGAACGAGCGCCAGAGCAUCUUCCUGUCCCGACCUGGCUCGGGAGUCAACUAGUGGCAAUGGCGGGGAAGUGUAGAGUGUGGGAAGAGGACUGGAGUGGGCCAGAAAAAUUGGAGCUCAUGGUCUUAGGAUUGGGCCUGGGAAGGGCAAAGCUCUGGUUCCCAUGGAAACAAGAGGACCUAGGAUCCCAAGGGCAGGACCCCCACACUACGAAAAAGAGAGUGCGUUUCACUUUUCGCCCACCAGGAGCGGGGAACACAGCCUACCGAGAAACGAAGGCUAAGGUUUAUUCGGCGGAAGUUAAGCAGCCCAGGGCUGGACCGGCCAGGACUGGGUACCUACGGGGUUGCUGGGCAGCGCCCAGACCCGUUGAACACAGAACCGAGAAAUUGCGAAAAGUUUCCUCAGCGGGACGCUGUAUCCGUGUGUCGCAGUCCCCUGACACUAGCUCCUUGGCAGUCACCCUCAAUGAACUACAGCUAGACCUUGGGGAGAAACGCUGGGAUUCCAGUCGCAAGUUUGUUGAGGACUCCAGUGGUCCCCCUCCACCGUAUCUUAGUUUAAUAAAUAAUUUUUUUGAGCCAGAGAAGCUAACAAUGGCACUGAUGGGGCUUAAAGAAACGACAGUGGAAAUGAUGACGCUGGACAAGCAAAUAAAACAAGCUCAAAUUUGGCAAGAACCGCUAAUGAAGGAAACUUGGCAGCUACUCAGUGAAAAGUUACAUGUCCAGGCUGAAAAUAAAUUCUUUCUGGAAUACCUGACCAACAAAACUGAGAGGUAUAGAAGGCAAUUUGAGAAGCUGUGGAACAGCUAUUUGCAAAGAAGUGGGGAGACUGAACAAAGGAGACAAGAAUCAGCCUCCAAAUAUGCGAAACAAACAUCAGAGCUUAACACAGAGCUCUUGCAGAAGGGCAAGAUCCAAUCUGAUUUGAACCAGCAGUUGCAGGCAUUGAGGGACGUUUCACUAUUAAAGGAGAAACAGGAGAGAGCAAUGCAGACAUUAGAGGAGGAGAAAAGAAAAGUCCAAGCUGAGACAACUGGAAAGAAACAGGAAAUCCAGGUCCAGUACCUCCAGGAAAAAGCAUUACUGGAGAAACAACUGAGUGAGCCAGAUGUUAGGCAGUUGGGAAAGAGAAAAGGAAAGAAGCUUAACAGGAAGAUCCAGGCCUUAGAGUUGGCAGCAGAGAAUUAUACUUUUGAGUUGUACCGCAGUGUCCGCAGAGAGAACCAGCAGUUACAGAAGGAACUAUUGCAGCAAACCUGGCAAUGCCAGAAGUUGCAGACUACUCAAAGACAGUUCAAAACUCAGAAGCGGCAGCUGCAGCAGGAACAGUGGUAUGUGGAGGGCUUAAUCCGGGGGAGGCAACGACUGCAAGGCAUGCGCCAAAAACAAGAACCCCUCCCAUAGGCACCAAAAUCAAGGAUUAACCCACAGUAAUUCCUAAAAUAUCGCUGAUUAAAUAAGGACUAGAGCAAGUGUUCUUAGGUGCUGCAUAAACUUAGGAAGGCUUUUAGAUCUCAUUGCUAUGGUAAAAUAGCCAUCAUGAUGUUUUAGUGUGAAGGUUGGCUAAUAAAGAUGUCUACUUUCUGCUGUGCUAUGAAGGAAAUUAAAUAGGGUGAUGUUACAGAAAGUGUGUUCAGGUGGAAAAGACCUCUGACGUAAACUUCAGUUUGAGACUUGAAUGAGAAAAUGAAGUAUACAAUGCAAAUGGGGUAAAAAUCAUUCCAGGAAGAGGGAAGAGUGAAUACAAAGGCCCUAAAAUGGGAAUGAGCUUGGUAGGUUCAGAAAGGUAGUGUGGCUAACAUGUUGUUGGGGAAUAAUAAUCAGAGAACAUGGGUGGAGCAGAGGAAGAUGAGGCUAAAAGGUCAGCAGUAGGAACACAAAGCGCCUUGUAGAACAAGGAAAGGGAGUGACUUAGAUUCUAAGUGCCCUGGGAAACCAUUAGGCUUUUAGCACGUGAAUGAAGUCUGAUUUACAGUUUUAAAAACUCACUACAACCUUCUUACGUGGAGUGAAUCCAAGCCAGUAAAAAGCAGAAAAAAACAAUUAAGAAGCUCCUACUGUAGUCUAGGCAAGAGUUGAUGAUGGUUCCAACUGGGAUCGUAGAAAUAGAAGUGAAGACAUGGGGGGAGCAGACUAUUGGGUGAGGGAAAAAUCAAAGGUUAAGAUGAAGCAGAAGAAAAUGUUCUAAACUUUUCCCUUUGAAGGAGGUAAGCAGAAUAUAUUUUUUUGAUUGUUAACUGAUUUUGAAAAUGAAAUAUUUCAGACAUACAAAAAAAUAUAAAACUAUGACAAACUUACUAUACACCUUAAGAAAUAAGAACUUCCAAAUUCACUCGUAGUCCCUCUGGAUGCCAGCACUAUACUAAAUUUGGUGUUUAUCAUUCCUGUGCAUG